CCCGUCUGGACCAUCUCAAUAAGCCCCCCACUCCUUAUCUCUUCAAAUUCCUAAUACCAAAAAAGAAAAAGAAAAAACCUCGCCAAAACCUCUUCAUUUUCUUUCAUUUUCUUUGCAUCCAAACGUUCCAUAAAAGGAAAAAAGAAGAGUCCAGAUGACGACUCUUUUAGGGUCCUUGCAGACAACCUUCCAUAAUCUUCCGCGUGUCUCGUUAUCACCAAAGGCUGCUACUUCUUCUUCUUGUUCGUCAAUUUGUAUUCUUGGUUCCAAAAAGCUACGCUUGCCAUCAUUUUCGCUGUCUAGUAAAACCAGUUUCCUGAACCCAUUAAAAUUGGGUAGUAAUGUCAAGUAUUUUGAAAAUAAACGGGGAAGAAGAAGCGCUGUUCGAAUGUCUUGGGAGGGUCCACUCUCCUCGGUUAAACUCAUUACUCAAGGCAAAAACUUGGAGUUGACGGAUACAGUGAAAAAGCAUGUAGAAGACAAGGUAGGAAAGGCAGUGCAGAAGCAUAGCCAUCUUGUGAGAGAAGUUGAUGUCAGGCUAUCUGUUAGAGGUGGAGAAUUUGGGAAAGGACCCAAGAUUCGAAGAUGCGAGGUCACCUUGUUUACAAAGAAGCAUGGAGUGAUUCGUGCAGAGGAAGAUGCUGAGACAAUAUAUGCCAGUAUUGAUUUGGUGUCAUCAAUCAUACAAAGAAAGUUAAGGAAGAUAAAGGAGAAGGUGUCUGACCAUGGCCGCCAUAUGAAGGGAUUCAAUAGGCUGAAGGUGAGAGAGCCAGUGGCAGAACCUGUGAAGGAUGACACGGACGAGGUAGAUGGCGUUCUGGGAGAUGAGGAUGAGGACUAUAUUGAUGAGGUUGUUCGCACAAAAUAUUUUGACAUGCCACCUUUGACAGUCUCUGAGGCUAUUGAGCAACUAAAGAAUGUUGAUCAUGAUUUCUAUGGUUUCAGGAAUGAAGAGACUGGUGAGAUAAACAUUAUUUAUAAAAGAAAAGCAGGAGGAUAUGGCAUUAUCAUACCUAAAGAAAAUGGUAAAGCUGAGAAAUUGGAGCCUGUGGUGAUCGAACCAGCUAGAGAGCCAUCCAUAGCAGAGUAGACAGGCCUAGCAAAAGAAUAAUUUUUUGCAAAUUAUCUUAGACAUUCUAUGUUUAUGGCAAUGGUGUAUAUAAGGCCAAUGCAAGCGGAGACGGCGCUGUAUAGGGUUUGAGGUUGAGUGUACACAAACUAAUAUGAUAUGUAAUGCCAUGGGUAAUACCAUUAGAUGCUGCUCCUGAUAUACCCAACUUGUAGGGACCAGGAUUUGGUUAAUCCAUGCAAAUUUAAUGCAAGCUAAUUACAUUUGUUUCU